UCGGAAGUCAUUUCGGUGAGCUGGAGCCAAAACACGGGCAGACCCAAGGCAUUACACGGCCGUGUACUGCUGGCCUUGCUUUUUAUGCCGAGAGCAAAUUCAGUUUGGCCAAUUCAGCUGCAAACCCGGGCACCGAAGCACGGCCGUGUUCAGUCAAAGCACGGCCGUGUACAUCGCGAAGCACGGCCGUGUUUUCCAACAGCUACUGGCCGUGUAAUUAAACACUGGCCGAAACACGGGCAGGCUCAGGCAAAGCACGGCCGUGUCCUCGACCGUGCUUUGGCCACUGAUGCUUUUAAGCAGAGUUUCAGCCACAAUUCAAGGGGAUUCGAGUUUUUGAGAGAGACAACGAUUCCUAGAGAGAGAAAGCGACGAACAAGAGUCUCCAAGUGCCCUAGCUUGAUCUUAAUCACCAUUGGAGGCCAGUUUGAGCUUGGAGAAGUGCCGAUCAACAUCCAGGAGCAAGAAUCCAUCCUUCACAGUAUGAAUUCCGUGUCUGAUUCUGCUUUUGCUUUCUUCUCCAUGGAGUAGUUCUCCCAUUCAUCUGGGUAUGGAGAACCCUAGAUUUGUAUGUUAGGCUUUGAUUGUAUGAACCCAAGUACUGAUUCUGUGAUUGAUUAUAUUCGAUUGAGGUUUUAAUGAUUGAAUGACUUGAAUCCUGAUCAAAUUCCUGUUGUUUCUGCUUUAACCUAGAAUGAGAAUAUCUGACUAGGUUACUAGAGUAUCCUUGAUUGAAGGUAGGGAGUUGGUUACUUUAGUCGAGGAACCAACUCACUAUUCUGUAUCGGAUUUACUCCGGUAGUGGAGGUUUUGUUCUUAGGGCCUCAAUCUGUCUACUCCGGUGGAGGUUAGUCGCCCGCUAGAGAUUCAGAUUGAGAGGGUCUGAAGACCUUUAGUCGAGACUUCAGGCUGUUUAAGAACCUUCCGCAGUAUAACUUUCAUAGAAACAGAACUUGGUAAUUGCAAUCCGGCUUAACUGCAGUCUAGGGGGAACCAUAUCCGGGUGACCUCUUUAACCUGAAUACAACAGUUUACUUGCU